UUCUACUUCGUCUCUCUCUGCGCUCUCUCCGUAAUUGUGAUCUCUUACUUAACAGUUCAUGAGUGCAUAAAUACAUAUAUAUAUUGGCUUUGAGUGUUAACCAUGAUUUCCAUUUGCUUGUUGGCUCAGAACAUUCUCUAGCUUCAUUUCUGAUCUCACAAUCUCUUGACAGAGCUCGGAAAUGGAUGCCAAACGAAGUCCCCAUUUUCUUACAUCAAUCGUCGUCCUCCUCAUCAUCAUCAUGAGCAUGAUUUCCCCCAUAUUCCUCUGCUCAGCCGGAGGAGGGGCGAACAAGAAUUGCGACAUCUUCAGCGGGAGCUGGGUUUUCGACGAGUCCUACCCUCCUUCCGACUACUCUGCCACGUGUCCCUUCAUCAGGCCAGAGUUCGACUGCCACAAGUACGGCCGACCAGACCGCCAGUACCUCAAGUACAGGUGGCAGCCGUCCGGCUGCAACCUGCCCAGAUUCAGUGGGAUUGGGUUCCUGGAGAAGAUGCAGGGGAAGCAGAUCAUGUUCGUCGGCGACUCUGUCACCUUCAAUCACUACAACUCCUUGAUCUGCCUUCUCCACGCUGCCGUCCCCGAUUCCAACGUCUCCGCUUCCGACCCAUGGCAUUCCGUCACUUUCCACGAGUAUGGAGUUACGGUAACAUCAUUCUUCAGCCGCUACUUGGUGGACAUCGAGGAAGAAGGAGAAUUCGGGAGAAGAGUACUGAAGCUUGAUUCCAUCCGUGGCGGAGAUGCGUGGAAACAAGUGGACGUGUUGAUUUUCAACACCGGUUUCUGGUGGAACGUCAAUGGCAGUCGGAAAGGGACAACUGCCAUGGCCAAAGCUUUGGCAACGUGGGGACGAUGGGUAGACUCAGCGGUCAACACUACAAAGACUAGAGUGUUCUUCGAGGGGAUCUUCCCCGCUCAUUACCGUGGGUUCGAGUGGGGGAAGCCGGAACUUAGGGACUGCUCCAGGGAGACGGUACCGGUGGCCGGUUCCAGAUAUCCAGGAGGUCUGCCGUCGAUCGCCGGAGUGGUGGAAGCAGAGCUGAGGAAAGUGAAGAAGAAGAAACAUGUUCAUUUUCUGAAUGUGACGACACUUUCCCAGCUGAGGAUAGAUGGGCAUCCGGCGACCUACAAUGGCGCCGGCGGCAGAAUGGAUUGCACGCACUGGUGCGUCGCCGGCGUCCCUGAUACCUGGAAUCAGCUGCUGUACCUCUUUUUAUUAGCUUGACAACACAAUAAUAAGUAAGACUUGGAGUAUAUUUUUUAGAAUAAAGUACGUUGAUUCUAUUCACACUGGAAAGGAAAAGGAAUAGGAUAUUGGAUCGGACAUGCAUAAGGAAAAUUCUUAGCUCCAACCUUAAUUGGUUGGACGUGUAAGUUUUUUAUUGGUGAUUUCAUAUUUUUUUAAUAUUUUAAUUCUUAAUUUACUAACAAAUGUUACAAAAUAUGUACUAGGAAGUUUAGCUUAUCGCCAUACAUGAUCACAUCCAAAAUAUUGAUUCGGUAUUGAUUAUG